AGCUCCAGUGUACCACGUGAGUGUUGCAUCGGCAGCGCCUGAGGCCUCUUUGCAAAAUCGGAGGUCAUAAAUCUGGUACUUGCCUUUAUAGAAAAAUCCAGCACAGGAGGAAGGCAAUCCGUUGGUCUUGGUGGAGGAUGUCUGGAGAGGAAGGGCGGAUAAUGGAGGAGCAAGAAUCAGUUGGUCAAGAAACAAGAUAAGGCUCUGAUGGUACCAAGGUUGGGAGCAGAAUGGAACUGGGGAAAGGCACCACGCAGAAGAGCCUGGAAGAGGAUUUUCCCCCUUCAGAUGUGCAGUGCCAGCAAUUCAGGCACUUCCAGUACAAGAAAGUAGAAGGGCCCCGAGAGGCUUGCAGCCGACUGCACCAUCUUUGCCGCCAGUGGUUGAAGCCAGAAAGAUACAGCAAGAAAGAGAUCCUGGACCUGGUGGUCUUGGAGCAGUUCCUGGCCAUCCUGCCUCCGGAGGUAGAGAGCUGGGUCAGGGAAUGCGGACCAAAGACAAGUUCUCAGGCAGUGGCCCUGGCCGAAGGCUUCCUCCUGAGCCAGGCAGAUGCCAAGAAGCAGGUUCAGCAGAUACCGGAAAACAUCACGCAGGAGCUUUACCAGGGAGCAGCAUUUCUGGGCGAGGCCUUGAAACCAAUGAUGUAUUCUUUACCAUCUCUUUCCAUCAGAGAGAAAGCAGAUUCUGUAUGGUCAGAUGGGGUGACCUUUGCGGAGGUGUCUGUUGAUUUUACUACGGAGGAGUGGGCUCUUCUGGAUCUGAACCAAAGAAGGCUUUACAGGGAAGUCAUGGAGGACAAUUGUCAGACAGUGGCCUCUCUGGGAGGACUUCUAGUUCCCAGACCUGACUGUGUUUCCGUGCUGCAAGUAAAUGGAAAUCUAUCUUUCCAGGAACCAAGAGCAAGAGAGAGAUCACCAGAGGCACAAGGUCCCCAUAAAAAGCCUAUGAAAGAGCCAGAACAGCUCCCAUUGGAAAGGGAAGAGCAGAGAAGAGACGAUGGAAGAUGGGAAAGGGGGAAUAAAUCUUCUCCUUCUCAAGUUGCUGAAACCCAGGAUAUCCUACCAUACAGUAUAAGGAUCACUUACCCCGUGUGUGGGAAAAAAUUCAUUUCUCAAUCUGUGUUUGAUAAGCAGUGGGAAAAAUGCAAAUGUGUGGACUGUGGAAAGAGCUUUGACCAGUGUACAAACAUUAUUUCCCAUAGGAAUAUCCACACAGAAGAGAAUCCAUAUAAAAGCAUGGAGUGUGGAAAGAGGUUUGCUCAGAGUGGAAAUCUUAAUAGCCAUCAACAUAUCCAUACACAGGAGAAACCAUAUAAAUGUGUGGACUGUGGAAAGAAGUUUGCUAGGAGUUCACCACUUACUAUCCAUCGACGUAUCCACACAGGGGAGAAACCGUAUGAAUGUGGGGACUGUGGAAAGAGAUUUGCUCGGAACACAGAUUUUACUAUCCAUCGACGUAUCCAUACUGGGGAGAAACCAUAUAAAUGUGCAGAUUGUGGAAAGAGCUUUGCUAAGAGUUCAUUACUUACUGUCCAUCAACGUAUUCACUCAGAGGAGAAACCGUAUAAAUGUGUGGACUGUGGAAAGAGCUUUGUUAAGAGAGCAGGCCUUACUAUCCAUCAACGCAUCCACACAGGGGAGAAACCAUAUGAAUGUGGGGACUGUGGAAAGAGCUUUGGUCAGAGUACAGCGCUUACUGUUCAUCGACGUAUCCAUACUGGGGAGAAACCAUAUAAAUGUGCAGACUGUGGAAAGAGCUUUGCUCAGCGCGCACAGUUUACUGUUCAUCGACGUAUCCAUACUGGGGAGAAACCCUAUAAAUGUGUGGAUUGUGGAAAGAACUUUGCUGUCUGUUCCAGACUUACUGCCCAUCGACGCAUCCACACAGGGGAGAAACCAUAUAAAUGUGCAGACUGUGGAAAGAGCUUCUCGGAGAAUUCACAGCUUAGUGUUCAUCGGCGUAUCCAUACCGGGGAGAAACCCUAUAAAUGUGUGGAUUGUGAAAAGAACUUUGCUCACAGUUCCAGUCUUGCUAUCCAUCAAUCUAUCCAUACCAGAGAGAAACCCUAUAAAUGUGUGGACUGUGGAAAGAGUUUUGCUAAGAGUGCAUGCCUUACUAAAUUAGAGCUUGGGUAUGAGGAAGGGAAGAACUUUACCGUCCAUCAAUGCAUCUGCAAAGGGGAGAAACCAUAUGAAUGUGUGGACCGUGGAAAGAGCUUUGCUAAGAGUUCAGUACUUACUGUCCAUCAACGUAUUCACUCAGAGGAGAAACCGUAUAAAUGUGUGGACUGUGGAAAGAGCUUUGUUAAGAGAGCAGGCCUUACUAUCCAUCAACGCAUCCACACAGGGGAGAAACCAUAUGAAUGUGGGGACUGUGGAAAGAGCUUUGCUCAGAGUACAGAGCUUACUGUUCAUCGAUGUAUCCGUACUGGGGAGAAACCAUAUAAAUGUGCAGACUGUGGACAGAGCUUUGCUCAGCGCGCACAGUUUACUGUUCAUCGACGUAUCCAUACUGGGGAGAAACCCUAUAAAUGUGUAGAUUGUGGAAAGAACUUUGCUGUCUGUUCCAGACUUACUGCCCAUCGACGCAUCCACACAGGGGAGAAACCAUAUAAAUGUGCAGACUGUGGAAAGAGCUUCUCGCAGAAUUCACAGCUUAGUGUUCAUCGGCGUAUCCAUACCGGGGAGAAACCCUAUAAAUGUGUGGAUUGUGAAAAGAACUUUGCUCACAGUUCCAGUCUUACUAUCCAUCAAUUUAUCCAUACCAGAGAGAAACCCUAUAAAUGUGUGGACUGUGGAAAGAGUUUUGCUAACAGUGCAUGCCUUACUGCCCAUUGACAUAUCCACAUUGGUCAGAGAAAGUCACAACAACCCUGUUUACUUCUACUUUGCAUGCUUUCGCUGCAUAGAUAAGAAAUUAGAGCUUGGGUAUGAGGAAGGUAAGUAAAGUGGGUUGUUUGAAUGGUUUAAUGCUAAGUAAGGGAGGGGACAGGCAUUCUGGUCAAGAAAUGUCAACAGAGCUGUACUUAAAGUAUUAUUAAAGCUUUAAUUCAUGCA